AUGGCGACGAGGGACGCGAUCCGGGCCGGCCAUGGCCUCCUACCGCCACGGGGUCCGCAUCGGGAACUGGCUGGAAGACGAGUACGCCCAUCAGGAUCUCCUGAAUGAUUUUAUCCGUAAGAAAGAGCAAGGACAACUUUUAGUACAGAGAUUAGCCAGACUUCAAGAGAAUAUUUUCAAGAGGGUAGAGCUGUCAAUAUCUUCUGAUGGAUUUGUUCACUUUGGAGACACCGUGUUGCUUAUGAACCCAGACAACAAAUCCUCAGGUUUGGAAGGGACCUCGGAGGAGCAGGAGCCCGAAAUGCGUGGAGAUGUGACUCUGGCUGUUGACAUGGAAGAAGUGUCCCUGUACUCGGAUGAACCCCUGCAGCUCUCAAGUGGACUUAGUGCAGUCAGGAGAGUGGACCCCAUAGGUCGAAAUGCUUUCUGUAUUGUAAGUGCUGAUGGAAGUGCAGAGGGCGAACCCCUUCGGUACGGGCAAAGCUUUCUUCUUGGGACAAAAGGAGGGGUUUCAGACAAACUGUUUUAUCUAGCAAGUGACCACAAAACAUUUCAAAAUUUUGCUAAAAAAUCUCGCCUUCAGAAAGUAUUUUUGACAGCUGAGGUUUCCUAUUUGGCUCUCUGGCAAGCUAAGUCCUUGGAUCCACAACUGCGUCUUGAACACGAAGGAUUUCCAGUUCCUGCAGACACUAAAAUUAUUAUUACUCAUUGCUACACCAAUCGCAACUUAGCCAUUCCAAGGACCUUCUGUGUGUGGUCUUAUUUUGGAAGAGAGUUUGAAGUCAUUUGUCACAAUUAUCUGGACUCCCACAGAGUUGAAGAAGAUAAGAAUCACUGGGUGAUAAUUACAGCAAACCCUGGUCCUGAAGAUGGUACAAUGCUUGAGAGACCUAAAGCUUUCCCAGAAGGGUAUAAGAAAGAAUCAAUUUCAUGAAAAGACAGAGAAUAUAAAAGCCCAAGACUACAGCCAGGAGAAGCUGAUGAGACUCUGAUUCUUGUUUUUUUCUGUUUAGAUUUUAGCUUUAGAGAUGUUCGUUUUUAAAAUGGAAAUGAAAGUCUGCCAUUAGUAAUUUUGCAUAAUCUCAUUAACUCAUCAAGGUUAUAACUGGCAAAAACCUCUUAAAAUUUGAUGAGCAGCACAUCAAAAAUUGUAAAUCAAGAAAGGCUCUUUUCCCCAUUUUCACCUUCACUGAUGACAAGAGUUGACAGAACCCAGGAAGCCUAAUAGAUUUUCAUUAAAUUACUGCCUCUCAGAGUAUAUUUAACCAAUUCUUCCAAAGCCAAACCAGUGUCACAAUUUUUAAAAGGGUGAGUGGAUAGUUUCCAAAAUACUGAAAACCAAACACACUCUAAGUUAUCAUGAGAUGCUUUGACAUUUAAAGUUCAUCUGAAAGAAAGUUGGUUGUUGAGCUUGUUCCGCCCUCCAUCUAGCACAACAUUGCCAAGUGAGAUUUUUUUUGAGAUUAUCUUCUAAUUCAUGGAUAUAAAUGAAGUUUUUCCAUGUUUUUCCUAAACACUUUAAUAUCAAGUAAUCAGGAACUUGAGCAUAGUGAUACAGACUAAAGACUUACAACAGCCUUUUCCAUGCAUCACCAUGUUCCAUUUAUCUCUCACCCACAGCAUUUACCAAUCCAUAAUAAUUUCUAACAAGUCAGAGAGUAAGAUAAAAUUGUCAGAGAAAAUUGGGCACCCACAAGUUUAUGAAAAUAAAUGCCAAAGCAAAAAAAAAAAUGACAUGCUGUAAGUUUAUCCAGUAAUAAAAGGAUUGUAGUCUGUGUUCUAACCUAAUUAGACAACAGAGUAACCACAUGAAAAAAGAAGAAAAAAGGCAUUUGAGGGUAAAAAUUUCAGCUGAAACUCACACUUUCUUAAAAAGAAAUCAACCAAGUAUAAAAUGCAAAGACUUGGAAAACAGAUGUCAUUACUGCAUAGAUUUACCUGUCUUUAUAUAGAAGCUGAAAAAGCAUCACAAAGAGUCUUAUAAUGUAUUGCAUUCCAUUACAUCCAUUUAGUUAAAUAUGUAUUUAUUUCAUCUCUUACUGU